AUGUUAAAAUUAUAUAUAUGUAUAGGUGAUAAAGAUGUAGACAAUAUCAACAAACCAUUAACUCCGACUAAAACUUACGGAAGAUCGAGAAAUGAAAAGACUGAGCUUAUGUUUCCAAGCCCAUCUUCUACUACAGAUACCCCUAAAAGAAAAAUUAUAAAUGACUUAAUAAAUAUGCCAACACCAAAUUCAAAAAGGUUGAUUUACUCGGAUGAAGAUGACACACCAAGAAAAAAAAAGUUAAAAUUAAAAAUAGAUCAACAAAAAAUUAAACUACGUAAUAAAAAUAUCCAAGUUUGUAAAUUAAAACAACGUGUAACAACAUUUAAGACUCGUAACACAUUACGAAGUCUUAUGUAUUCGCAUCAAUUUCGAUCAAAAAAUGCUAGAGCAAUCGUAACAAUGCAACUUAGAAAUAAGAAAAUACCUUGGACACUAGAAGAAAAAAAUAUGGCUUUGACUUUGUUCUACAAAUCCCCAACAGCCUACAAUUUUUUAAGGCUACAAAAUAUAAACUUACCAGCUCCAUCGACCAUUCGUCGUUGGAUCGGACAGUCAAAAUUUUUACCUGGCUUAAGUGGCACAUUUUUUAGCCACAUUAAAAAAAAAUUUGAACAUAAAACAAAUAAUGAAAGAAGUUGCAGUAUAAGUUUUGACGAAAUAUACAUAAAAGAAUUUUUAGAAUAUUCAAAAGACUAUGCCUUCAUUGAAGGAUUUGAAGAUUUUGGACAUUAUGGUCGAACAAAUAAAAGUGCGAAUUGUGCGAACUAUUCGCCGUGGAAAUUUCCAGUUGCGUACUUUUUGGCUCAUUCAGGAGUAAAACAUAAAUUACUAAAAGAUUUAAUAAUUGAUGUCCUAAGUGAAUUAUUUAAAAGCGGAUUGUGUCCUAAAGUAUUAGUUUGUGACCAAGGCACAAACAAUCAGAGUGCAUUAAAGUCGUUAGGUGUAGAUGAAAACAAUCCUUAUUUCUUUGUAGAAAAUAAUAAAAUAUAUUCAAUUUUUGAUGUUCCCCACUUAAUAAAAAGUUUAAGAAAUAAUUUAAUAGGUUGUAGUUUUGAAAAGGACAAUAUGACAGUUGCAGUUUUUAGUGAUAUUGAAGCAACAUAUGAAAUAGACAAAAAAAAUAUAAAAAGUAAAGCUCUCUUAAAAAUCACUGAAGCUCAUAUCAACCCAAGUUCAUUUCAGAAAAUGAGAGUAAAAUUAGCCGUUCAGUUAUUUAGCCACACUAUGGCGUCUACUAUUCGUACUUGUAUUGAAAUCAAUGAAUUAAAAAGUAAGACAGCAAAAAACACAGCUGAUUUUGUAGAUUUUAUUGAUAAAUUGUUUGAUUGCUUGAAUAGCAGAACAUUGUAUAGUUCAAAUCCAUACAAUUGCGGAUUAUCUGAUUCCAUUAUUGUAAAACCAUUUUUGAAUGAAGCUAUAAAAUAUUUUAUUAAUUUACAAAAAAAUAAAAAAGGCAAAAUUACUAAACCUCCAUGUUUUAAAGGCAUUAUACAAACGAUAACAGGCAUUCUUCAUUUUUUUGAGGAAGAAAAAUCCAAUAACAACGCAAUCAGUUUUAUAUUAACUUAUGGGUUAAACCAGGACGAAGUAGAAAAAUUAUUUAGUAUUUUUCUACAAAAAGGUAGCUACAAUAAGAACCCAACAGCGAGAACGAUUAGAACGUCAUUUAGAAGUACUUGUAUAUUUUCAUUAUGCACUUCUAAAGGGGCAAAUUGUGAAAAUAUUAUUGAAAAUAUCGAUUGCCAAACAAACAAACAAGACGUGACGAUUUUUCUGGAAGGAGAACAGAUAAUGAACAUCGAAAAUGAUCAAUCGUCAGAUACGAAUUCAGAAUGCAGUUCUAUUGAUGCAGUUUUAUCAGUUCAAGAAAAUUUAAACACAAUACCUGUCACAUUAGAGGAUUGUUCGGUGACAUAUUUCGCUGGAUAUCUAGCAUUAAAAUGUAUCAAAAAAUUUAAUUGUGAAUAUUGUAAGGAUCAAUUAAUUAUAGAGAAAGAUUUAAAUGAUAAGAAUCAAAUACUUAUUAUAAAUAAAAAUUAUUCAUCAUUUAACACGGGACUUAAGUCACCGGCGAAAAUAUUUAAUGAUAAUAUAAUCGAUAAUAUUUUAAAUAUUUUUGAAAACAAUUUUAACAACGUGAAACAUAAAAAAAAAAAUCAGGAAUAA